ACUUUAUUUCCAAUAUUUGUCUCUAAAUGGUAUGUCAUUGCUGUAUAGUUAGUUGUUUUAUGUCAGAUGAAAUUAAUGCAUACCGAAGCAUCAUUUGUUCAGCUGUAUGUUAAAUAUUUGCCCUGCCAAGAAAUGGAAAACAUGUAUUACUGUCUGACUGUUUUAAUUGGAAAAAAAUAUUUAUUUACUUCCAGGAAUAGGUAUUCAAGGACAGGAAGGUCUUCAGGCAUCAUUGGCAGCUGAUUUUUCAAUACCACAGUUUCAGCACUUAGCACGUCUUUUACUUGUCCACGGACGUCGUUCGUACAAGCGAUCUGCGGCACUAAGUCAGUUUGUCAUUCAUCGUGGUCUGAUUAUAUCCACUAUGCAGGCUGUUUUCUCAUCAGUUUUCUACUUCUCAUCGGUACCACUCUAUCAGGGGUUCUUGAUGGUGGGGUAUGCUACAUUGUAUACAAUGUUUCCUGUGUUUUCACUGGUCUUGGAUAAAGAUGUUUCAAGUAAAAUAGCUCUCACGUAUCCAGAGCUAUAUAAAGAAUUGAGUAAAGGACGUUCUCUGUCAUAUAAAACAUUUUUCAUGUGGGUACUCAUCAGUAUAUACCAAGGCGGUGUUAUAAUGUAUGGGGCCCUUAUACUGUUUGAAGAUGAGUUUAUUCAUAUUGUUGCCAUAAGUUUUACAGCAUUAAUUCUUACUGAACUGAUUAUGGUUGCAUUAACUAUCAGGACAUGGCAUUACAUUAUGGUACUAGCAGAGUUCUUCAGCCUGGGUCUCUAUAUCCUGUCGCUUAUUGUUAUGAAGGAUUCUUUUGAUUCGAGUUUCAUUCAGACAACAGAUUUCCUAUGGAAAGUGCUUGUGAUAACUCUUGUGAGCUGUCUGCCCCUUUACAUUCUCAAGUUUUUGAGGAAAAAAUUUUCACCGCCAAGUUAUUCUAAACUUUCAUAACUGUCUCGCAGUUAUGUUGAUCUAAAUAUAGUCUAAAAAUACAUCUGAUGUAUGUCAUUGAGAAAGCUCAUAAUGCCAAAGAUUAGUGAUAUAACAUAGUAUGUAUUUCAGCAGGACAAUUGCAAGAAUCUCAACACAGUUGACUGCAUAUGUUGUGUAUUAUAUACAGAACUACAUUGUGUUGAGCAUUGUAAACCACUUUUUAUAUGUGACAUUUUGUUUUUCAUUGACUGUAUAGGUUGUGUUUUAACAGUCACUGUAGUGAGAAACUUUCCAUGACUGAUUUCUUAAAUUUAUUAUUUAUUAACAGCGGCAAAGUGCCGUAGAUAUUUAUUAUUCUUUCCUUUAAAGUCAAAUGUUGCAUCACAGAGAUAGGUGGAAUUUUGUAGCUUAAUAAUUUAAUACAUUUUAAUCCCUGUAGGGAAAGAUCCCUCAUAUACACACAAUUUCAGCCAUCAAGCUGACAUACAUGUUGUUGAAAUGAAUUUCAUAUGACGCUCAUUAUAUGUGAUAAACGUAAACAAGAUAUGAAUGGCCUUUGGAAGAAGAUUUUGACCCAAAGGGAUGUACAUUCUAGUGAGAGCAUUUUUAAAAGUGAAACAUUCAUUAAGAAAUGUCAUGGCAAUAUUUUGUACAUAUCCAAAUAAUAAUUUUUAUAUUGUUCAACUAAUAUUUGCUAUAUAAACCCAUACUAAUAUAUUUAUACAUACAUGUAUUUUUAAAAUAAGUUUAUCAUCCUAAAAUAAAAAGUUGAAUGUUUGCUAAGUAGUAUGUGUAGCAGUGCUUGACUCUGGAAUUUAGUUUUUUGAAAAUAAGAACGAAGUGUUUGUAGAAUGUAUGACAGUCUUUCAUAUUUUUGCAUAAGAGAAAAAGACAUGUGAUUACUACAUAACUGGCCUUUUUUUCGCCAUAGUAUUUCAGCGUGUGGCCUUUAUGCUUUGACAUGCAGAUUAUCCCAGCUCGUCUCUCUCUAAAAACCACUGUUUUUCUGAUUAUUUGUAGACAGGAAUUUUGUGAUUGCUUGUUCUAGCCUUAUCGAGUUAUGCAGCACUGUUUAUAUUUAGUUGUAACUUUACCUAAAAGUUGUGUUCCCUUUUCAACAUGCUUCUUUCAAAUAGUGAUUGGAGAAUUUUGUGCUAUUAAAAAGGGGUCCAGUUUGAAGAGUUAUUUGGCAAGGUGGAAAGCAUAAAUUGUGAUUUUUCCAUUUUUUUCUAUAUUUUUACUGCAGGCUUUCAUUCAGUUGACAUUUUUUUCCCUUGUGUUGCAGUGCAUUCAAUAAGUAGUUGAUAAUUACAUAUUUUCCAUGCAAUUGGGAUUGCAUAGAGAACAUUUUAGUAAUGCGAGCAUCUGAAUAUAGAACUGUAUUUUUGCCUUCACUUAUCCUGUAGUCAAAAUAUAUGUACCGUAAUUACCAACCUAUUGUGAAGUUGAAGCUCACAGCUCAUACAUUCCCAUAUUUAUGUGGGUGAAUUGGUAGUAGUGACUUCACAGGUUAGAACAAUGAAGCUGUGUUUUAAGUCUUAUUGCUUUUGACUUUUUUAAAAAAGCAAAACUUUUACACAGUUACGGGCCACAUCAGAAGCUCCUACAUUCAUGUAACCAUAAUGCAUAUUCAUUAAUAACAGCAUUUUAAUACCAAUAUUAAGAACUCAAAACUACCAGCUGCAUAAUUUAAAGUGUUUUGAAGGGUUAUUGUUUCGCAGGAAAUGCUACCUGAUCACAAAUUAAACAGGAUGGACCACUUUAUGGGGACACUGUUUGUUGUAGUGACAAAUUUCAUCAAAAUAGCCAGUCUUUUGGUUGUGUGUAAGCAUUUUACAACAGAUGUAUUCUUGCCCUCCAUUUGCAAAUGCCGUGUAUGAGAUUUGGCCCAAGAGAGACUACUAAUGUUACAGAUACGUGUACUUACUUACCAGUAUGAUCUGUUGAUGAUAACCACCAUCAAAGCACAAUAAAUUUGAGUCAGUGUACAUUUAAAUUCAGCCUUUCAACCAGUCGAAACAUAUUCUAAAUGUCACUUGACAUGAUGCAUUGUCGAUCACUGCCAUUUUUGCUAUGGAAUGCAAGACCAUGUUAAACUCAUUGUCACUGUCAAUGAGUUAAUCAAUUUCAAUUGCAUUUACUACAAAUUCACUAUGUAUCUGUAUCUGAGUGGUAAAGGAAUUAAAAUACAGUUUUAUUGUGUUUGUUACUUAGGAUCAUAUUUGUUGUACCCAUAUACCAUUUCAUUUGUGGAAUAAAGACGUCACUCCUUUUCCAGUGCACAGAUGAUUUAUGAUGAUGAUGAUGAUGAUAUCCCAUGCUUCUUGACAGCAUAGGGGAACAGUGCGGAAGACCUGCACUGCCAUACUAGGCAAGAGGUGGCUUGCUAUUGACAGGUGAUUUAGGCGGAGUUAAAAGAGCACAUGUUCAUUUAACACUGCCUGCGAUUCAUCAUUAACUGUAAAGGACUACUACCCACCUUCCACAAAUGAAACAAUGUGUAGUUGUUACUCAUACGGUCUUAAGUUGAAAAUGCAUUAACUGGAUUUACACCCAUUCACCUCUCAUGUCUGGAUGUAGUACCUUAAUAAUGUUGUUACCAGUCUUUUCUUUUCUGCCAGAACAGCUUUUUGUGAGCUUAUCUACUGCUAAUGCUUCAUAUGCAAGGUUAUAUAGUUUCUGUUUCUACUACCAUCCCAAAUAUCUCAUAGACUUGUGUACAAUGCCUACACAUCGUACUACAGACCUGAAGAUAAUUGGGAGUCCAUGGAUAGCAUUACUCAACUCUGUCUCCGGGUUAAAAAAUGAAGUAAACUAAUCAAACAAAAUUUUUCCAAGGAACAGUCUUGGAGGUAGAGAAUUUACAAUUUGUGCUCUUGAACUGUGGGCGAUUACAAUGUCAAAUCAUUUGAAAAUUUCAUGUAACAAAUACUAACAGCAUAGUUUAUUACAUGCUGUGCAGCGCUCAAAGAACUAUAUUCAAGUAGGAGGUGAUGUGACUUACAGUUUCAUACAACCGAGAGAGCUAUUUCCAGUAUCUUAUUAAGUUUUUGAACACUAAAAGCUUGCUUGGAACAAUAGUGUAUAGUGGAAUGACAUCUUAAAUUCAAAUUGUAAAUGUUUUUGAACCAAGUCAUUGCCACAGUUCCCAUGAAAUUGACAAAUCCUAUUCUUGAUAAAAUAACGCUGGACUCCAUAUUGGUCAGCCACUCACUAUAGUAAGGCAGCAGUAAAGUCAGGAAUAUGCCAAUAACUAAAUUCUGCAAAAAUGUAACUGUUUGUUCAUUGAACUGCCAUUGAUGUUUGCAGUUAAAAUCCACAUAAUUUGUCCAGAUUCAAUCCUAGGAGCUUAAGUGUUGAAAGGUGGUUAUUAUCCAAUUGUCAAAACCCAAGCAAUUUGGUAGAUUCUGUAAAGCAGUAAGCCGACAGGUGAAACUUGUCAGUUGCUAUUACUGGGGGAUGGUGAACAAAAUGCAAGAUGCAAGGCUUCAUAUGAAAGCCAUUAUAAGGGAAGGGGAGGGGUCAAGCCAAAACACUUAACUUUGUUACUUGUCAUACUAUAACAGUGUCAAGAAAUGAUGUACAUUCACAACUAUUUGACUUCUGUAUGUUGAUAAUUAAUAUCAAAGAUAUCGUCAUCUCAUAUUAAUCGGCAUUUCCUAAAGGAAAUGGAUGCUGAUGAUUGCAAUGUGAGGAAAAGCUGUAGUAACUUUUGCAGUUUGUCCUUUACAGAAUCUGUAAUCUCCACGUAUGAAUUUAGUAGUUUUGUGGAGAGUCCUUUUUAUGCAGGAAAUAAUCACUUAUUCAAUUAGCAUUACAUGGCAGUUGUAGUCGUUGGUUGUUUUGUGAAUAGUUCCUAUAACUGUGUAAGGAAUCUUUCAGUAUUUUAUGUGUGGAUGUUUUAUCCAGUAUUUAAGAAGCUUCUGUUAUUUAUUAUUGUAUACAAGUUGUUCAUGACUGGAAAAUAAUUGCAGCAACUCUUUGGUUUAAGCACUUUCAGAAUAUCUUUUUCUUUUUUUGUAUUGUUGUACACAAAUAAUAUAUCUGCAUUUAAUUUCAUUGAUAAAUAUUGAAUCUCUAUAAAUCCAUUGGUUGCAUAGCAACAAGAGACUGCUUACUUUUGUGUUUACAGAAAUUAUUGUUGUUAGUACAGGAAAUGAUUAGUGUUUUAUGAGUUACUGUCAUUCUUAUCAAUACUUUUCCACUGCUUAAUUUGUGCCAGUUUAGUAUUCACAUGGCAGAUUUACUAGAACAUUUUAUGCACUAUAAAGCAUUUGUAAAUGUGCGUACAGAAAAUGUGGGGAAAUGCCUGAAGGUGUUUAUAAAAUGUCUUCUUUUCUACAUUGUAAAUCUCAGAUUUUUCAUAAUCAUUUAUUCAUGACACAGUUAAAAUGCAACCCCAGUCAAAUAAAAAAUUGAUGAGAAGUCUAAGUACACUGUAAGUUUAGGUAUUGAAAGCAGUAGCAGUUUUUGCAGUGCACAGCUGACUGAAGUUCAUUGAUUUGAAAGCCAGAGAAAGGUGACUGAACAAUUUGUCAGAGAGAAACACUUAACCCCAUUGCCAAAGAAAGACCUGUUGAGAUUACUCUGUUACGUUUGUAUCUUUUGGGUCUGCCGAACUGCUGCUACUUCUCAUGCCGGAAGUGGACUUAUGUUUUGGUUGACAUAAAAAAAAUCUAAUUUGUGGAAUGCAGGUUUAUUAUACUUACUUAUAAUAUAUGUGAUACUUUUGUGAAAAUAGAGCCUGGGUUGUACAUUUGUUUCGAUGCCAUAUUGAAUGUAAUGUGACUCUGUUGUUGAAAGAAUCAAAAAAAAAAUCUUUAUCAAGUUGUAAUAAUAAAUAACUUUAUUUUAAAACUU